AUGGGAGACAAGGUCGAUCAAGCUUAUGCCAGCACCCUCAAAAUCAACCAUUACCAGCCAGAUAAAACGCCAUGGCGGCGACUGGGAGAAUACCUCUAUCGUGUGAUGGAGGACGGUUCUAACACGCAGUUUCGUCUGGCUGCCAUCGAGAGCCUACUUCCUCCUAAGACCGAUGGACCGGUCUUCCAUUUCCAUGAGAUGCACGACGAAGGCUUUUAUGUCUCGAAGGGAAAGGUUCGCUUCCACAGCCCCGGUCGACCGACCGUCGACGCCAAAGCUGGAGACUUUGUGGUAGUUCCAAUUAGGCUACCUCAUCGAUUCAGUAAUCCUUUUGAUGAGGAGGCUGUCUUCGUGAAUACCAUCACCCCUGGGUUUUUUGUGCGCUACUUUGAACACCUGGAAGAGCUCAUCGGGGAGGGUAAGGUCUUGACCCCCGAGGUUAAUAAGGCCGCCCUACGACGUUUUGCAACAGUUCCUGUAAGCCAGGAGGACAUCGAUGAUAUAGAGAGUAAGAGUGGUAUUGUUGUUCAGACCGAGGGAGAGAAAUAUGUGGACCAAGUUGCUGCGGAAAAGGCUGUGGCUGUCUCGGCCUAA